ACAUUGGCGUUUCCUGCCUUGUUCUCUCAAGGAAACGCUCAGAAAAAACAUGUGGAUAAGUCGGUGUUCCCCUUCGCACAUGAAUGGAUUCUUCCAGUUCUCAUCACCGGAUCAAAUCGAUAGUUAAAGAAGGCUGUAAAUUGCAGCUUCUCUGUUUCAGCACCGACUGAAGUGACAUCACUAUUCUUCAGUGUGGAAAAUAAUGGAGGAGCAGAAGCUUAAAGAUCCUCUUGACAAAGUGUCUUUGAUCAAAGAUGAGUUGAGCAGGAGCAGCGUGGAGGCCAGUGAAUCUGAGAAGGUCAUCCAGCGGCUCAAUCAGGAACUGCAGGAGGCCCAUGAACAGGCCAACUCAGGCAAACACAAAUGUGUCGAGCUUCUAGGUCUCCUAGAGGAGGAGAAAAGAGCCAAUAAGCAGCAAGCAGAGGAGUCUGCAAAACAGACCAAGGUCUUGCAGACUCAGCAUAAGAAGCUUCAGGAAGAAAUGGAGAAUCUCAGGGAUCAGAAGGACAGUGCGGUCUUCAGCAUGCGACAGGAGGCGCAUGCAGCUCAGGAGGAAGUGCAGGUGUUGCGCCGCACUAUGGAGAAAAUGGCGGCUGAGCGAGAGCAUGAGGUCAGCGCUCUGAAAGGGAACCUGGCAACGCUAACUUCUGAGCUGGAAAAAUGGCAGUUGUCUGCAAACAAGUAUGAAAGUGAGCUUAGUAGUCUACAGGCCAAUCAGCAGCAGCAGAACCAGCAGAGAGACAAAGCUUCCAAACAACAAGCGAGUGAGAUAGAGAGGCUGCAGAAGGACUGUGAGAGCAUGAGGAAGGAGUGUGCGUCUCUGAGGUCAGACAGAGAACAGCUGGCUGUUAAACAGCAGAAAGAGAAGCUCAGUCUGCAGAGUGAGAGCAGCACCCUGCGCUCGGAGAAAGAACAGCUACUGAAGAAGCAACAACACCUGGAGAGAGAGCUGGACAGCUCCAAGAAACAGAGCACAAGCCUGAGCAACAUGGUCAAAAACCUGGAGAAGACCCAGGCAGACCUGGAGAAACGACUGAGCACCUUGCAGGAGGAACAUCAGAAAGACACCAGCCAGUUCAACAUUCAGCUGGAGCAAAGCAAUAGCAGGAUCAAAGAGCUGCAGAAAGAGUACGAGGAGAUCCAGGCAGAGCUUUCGGGCCUCAGGGAGAAGUAUGAGAAUGCAGAGGAGGAGAAACAUUCCACCAGUCUGGAGCUACAGCAGAGCCAAGAACACCUGAGGGUUCUGCAGGAAAAAGAAAACCAUCUGUCUUUAUUGCAGCCCAUCCUAGCCGUAGCCAUCGGCCUUGUCCUGGCUUUGCUGUAUUGGUGCUUGGGCCCAUUGUGGUAGAAAGGGGAAGUGGAUCAGGUGGAUGCCCAUCGCCGCUGGAGCCGUGACUGUUGCAGUGACUUCGUAUUUGCUUUCUAAGACCUCAAAAUGAGCAACAGUAACGAAUACACACAUUGAUGUACAUCCAUACCUAGUAAUCGUUUCUCAAACGUGUAGACACUGUGUCCUUUUAGUCUAUAUGGUGUUAGUUUGAGUAACAAGUGUUUAAAUGUGAUUGGUUACUCAAAUAUUGAAGGCCUUAGCAUAAUAAUGUGUCAUUUCAAGAUCAUAGUAUCCCCUCAUUUGCACCAUAUAUCAUAUAGAUGUAUUUUAACUACACAUUCUUGUUAGUUACAGGUAUUUUACUGAACACUGUUGCUUUGCCAAAAAAACACUCACAAACUUCAGCUGCCUUAUAUGACAUAACCUUACUAAGAUAAAUAUACUUAAUAGUAAACAUACUUAAAGGAAUAUUCCAGGUUCAAUAAAAGUUAAGCUCAAUCGACAGCUUUUCUGUUAUAAUGUUGAUUACCACAAAAGAUUAUUGACCCAUCCCUCCUUUUCUUAAAAAAAGAAGCAGUAAUCGAGGUUAUGGUGAGGCACUUUCAAUGGAAGUGAAUGGGGCCAAUUUUUGGAGGGUUUACAGAGAAAUGUGAAGCUUAUCAUUUUAUAAAAGCACUUACAGUACAUUAAUUGUUCUGUUAAAACUCAUCGAUUAUUUGAGAUGUAAAGUUGUCAUCAGUCAUAAUUUUUACAGUUGUUUUAGGGGUUGUUGACAUUACAUCGUCAUGGCAACAAAGUUGUAAAAUUGGCUUUAACUUUAUACAAAAAAGGUUAGCAAGCAAUUUUAUCACACAAAAAUCAUGUUAAAUCAUGUGCAUAUUGUUUAUUUCUUAUGUCUAUACUUUUAAAAUAGUGAUAUUUUAACGUUUAUGGAUUGGCCCCAUUCAUUUCCAAUCACUGUAAACCAGAUUUGUGUUUUUUUUUUUGUUUUUUUUAAAAGGUGGGGAAAGUCCAAAUAAGUUUUUGUGGUGAUAAGUAUUAUGCCACAAAUUCUGUCAAUUGAGCGUAACUUGUAUUAUACCUGGAAUAUUGUUUCAAAGAGAUAGUUCACCCAAAAAUAAUAAUAAAAAUAAGUCAUUAUUUACUCACUUUCAUGUCGUUCCAAUCCCGUAUGACUUUCUUCUUACAAAAUGAGAUAUUUUAUCGAAUGUUAGGCUCAGUCACCGUUCACUUUCAUUGUAUGGGAAAUUUUUUUUUAAAUGAGGCUGUCAGUCCCUAAUAUAACAUCUCCUUUAGUGUUCCGUGGAAGAAAGGAAGUCAUAUGGGUUUAAAACAACAUAAGGGCGAGUAAAUGACAGAAUCUUUUAUCUUUAUACCUCCCUUAACAAACACUUUCCAUAAGCUGCCACCUGGAGCCAACUGCAAUAAUGCAUUCAUGACAUGUAUGUCCUCCAUUUAAGUUUUAACAUGUUCACACAUUCUGUGGCGUAAAGGCCUAAAUUCGUCACCAUAUAAUGUGUAUGUCAUGGCAGAAGUUCACCUUGUAUGAAACCAUUAGUGAUUAGAAAUAUGUCUAUGCACUGUACUUUAUUUUAGUAAAGAUUUGACAGAUUAAAAAUGCUACUUCUCACUUAAGGCAUUAGAGCACUAAUCUGUCAUAAAGAGACCUAUAAUAGAGUGUUUAUGGUUUAUUAUGUUUAUUACGUGUACAGAGAUCUAAGGAAAAUGCCUAAUUACGUGCUUAUUGCAAUAAAUAUACUAACCUGGAGUUCAAACGCAUUACGUCCCUGUUUUUAUACUG